AUGUCGUCCCCAGUAUUCGACAAGGACGACUCCUACAUCCAGUCGGCACCCCGCGAUGAAUCUGGCUAUGUCUCGGCUGCCUCGAGUGAAGCCGGUCUGGCCGACAUCUACUUCACCAAGCCUCACUUGAAGUUCAUCAACGCUCAACUGCAGAAGCUCGAACCGCAGGACAUUCUCCGAUGGUGCAUCACAUCUCUGCCUGGACUUUUCCAGACAACCGCCUUUGGUCUCACCGGCCUCGUGACCGUGGAUAUGCUCUCGAAGCUCGAGGGACCCUUAAAGCACAACAUCGACUUGAUCUUCCUGGACACACUCUACCACUUCGACGAGACGUAUGAUCUGGUCGACCGAGUACGCAGACGAUAUGGCACUCCCGUUCACGUGUACAAGCCUGCCGGCUGCGACAGUGUCAGCGACUUCACCGCAAUGCACGGCGACAAGCUCUGGGACACCAACGAUGAGCUGUACGACUACGUUGCCAAGGUCGAGCCUGCUGAGCGGGCCUACUCGGACCUCCAAGUCAAGGCUGUCUUGACCGGCCGACGACGCAGCCAAGGCGGCAAGCGCGGUGAUCUGGACAUUAUUGAAGUCAACGAGGCUGGCCUCAUCAAAAUCAACCCGCUGGCCAACUGGUCAUUUGCUCAAGUAAAGGAAUACGUCGAUGCCAAUGACGUGCCAUAUAACGAGCUUCUCAAGCGAGGCUACAAGAGCGUUGGUGACUGGCACUCGACUCAGCCAGUGGCUGCAGGAGAAGACGAGCGAGCUGGACGCUGGAAAGGCAAGAACAAGACCGAGUGCGGCAUCCACAACCCCAAGUCGCGGUAUGCCCAAUUUCUCCAGGAGCAGGAGAUGAAGCGACAAAACGAGGACCUGUCCAACGCUCUCCAGAAAGUCUCUCUGAACGCAUAG